AUGGAAGAACUAAAUCACUUUCUCGAUCAGGCUGAGGGAGCAGUCCUGGAUGUCGAACUCCAACCAGCCGACACCGAGAUCUCAUUCCACAUCGGUUUCGCCCUCGAAGCAGACCCACCCCUCCCGCAUCUUACGCCCAUCGCGCCAGUCUAUCAAGACGCAUACGGUCUCUAUAACACAGAUGCUGGUCCCCCUCUUGGUCCACAGUCACUACCAGAGUACAGACUCAUCCACCUCAGGCUUACCUCUACCUACGCUGAGUUGCUUGACAAAGUGUCUGGUUUUCACACGGUACAAGAUCGCCUUUGGUUGCAGCAGCCGGCAUCAGCAAGACACGUUGCGCUGUCAAAGAUCAUCGUAAAGUGGGCGAUAAUGGGAGGAUUCUCGAAUAAUUAUGUCAACGAUGAUGAGGAACUGAGGGAAUUGUUGAAGAUGAUCGUCAAGAGGGGUUUCGUCGACUCACUUGUUGUGAUUUAUAAGUGGAACCCUAUUGUAUCUUAA